UUUGGGAAAGCAAUACUGGCGAAAGUAGGUUGAAGCGGUGCGUCAGGGUAUGUAAACAAGAUGGAAGCGUUCCUGACAGCAAACAUUUAGAAAAUCUUUGACAAUGAUCUGAGGAUCCCUUCUGUGAUUAAUUGAAGCUAACUAAGCAGUUGCUCAGUCUUGGCAAGUACACAGGGUUUGUCUAAUACAUGGAUUGAGAUAAGAUCCUAGCUAAAAUGCCUACAUUUUGAAAUCUAUUAUACACUGGAUUCACAACACAUUAUGGUUGAAAAGCAAUAAUGCAUACAGAACACAAUUACUUGGUUUGCAUAAAACAUGAUGUCAUUCUGCAACAACCAACGAAGUCUGCACACAUUUCAACACUGCAAGUUCCAGGGGUCACAAGGUCAUGGCUAAAAAGAUUGGAAUAGGCCCAUUUCAUCUGAGAACAAAGACAGAACCAGAAGAUUUUGUCAUACCAGAACUAUAUUCUGUAGAUACACUUCCUACACCCAGUCCACUCACCUCUCAGGACACUGCUUAAGCAGUGCAUUAUCAUCAGUGGGCUGAGGAGAACAUUGUUAAAUUUUUUGCCAUUGCAGUGUUCUGCAUUUCAAUCCCACAGUCUGCAUUUAACUUUUCUGUGCAGGAGUAUUCUUAUUGCGAAUGUGUAUUAUUUUACCCGGGACACCCAGACUCAUCAGCUUGGUUUACAUCUGUAGUAAACGGUCACACUAUACGCACAACCAUGAGUGAUGAGGACUUCCAUGAGAAUAUGGACUAUUUUGAGAGUCCGAGUGACCUGGCCAAGGGCAUGGAAACUUUCAUCCACCGCAUUGACUCCACAGAAGUCAUCUAUGAACCCCGGAGGAAGAGGGCCAAGCUGAUUGGGAAGUAUUUGAUGGGGGACCUGUUAGGGGAGGGCUCCUACGGGAAGGUGAAGGAGAUGCUGGAUUCUGAAACACUCUGCAGGAGGGCCGUCAAGAUCCUUAAGAAGAAGAAACUGAGACGCAUCCCCAAUGGGGAGCAAAAUGUCAAAAAAGAGAUUCAGCUUUUACGAAGAUUGAGGCACAAGAAUAUUAUCCAGUUGGUUGAGGUUUUGUAUAUUGAGGAGAAGCAAAAGAUGUAUAUGGUGAUGGAAUACUGUGUAUGUGGAAUGCAGGAGAUGUUAGACAGUGUUGAUGAGAAAAGGUUUCCAGUUUUUCAAGCUCACAGGUACUUUUGUCAGCUGCUAGAUGGCUUGGAAUAUUUACACAGUCAGGGAAUAGUUCAUAAAGAUAUUAAACCCGGAAAUCUCCUGCUGACAACUGAUGGUGCAUUAAAAAUCUCUGACCUGGGUGUCGCAGAGGCACUGCACCCGUUUGCAGAGGACGACAUGUGUUGUACAAGUCAGGGCUCUCCGGCUUUUCAGCCCCCAGAGAUCGCCAACGGACUGGACACCUUCUCAGGGUUCAAAGUGGACAUCUGGUCUGCUGGUGUCACACUAUAUAACAUAACGACCAGCCUGUAUCCUUUUGAAGGUGACAGCAUCUAUAAGCUGUUUGAGAACAUUGGAAAAGGAGACUAUAGCGUUCCUGAAGAGUGUGGCCCUCUACUGUCUGACUUGCUAAGAGGAAUGCUUGAGUAUGAUCCUGAGAAGAGGUUCUCUAUACAACACAUUAGGCAACAUAAUUGGGUGAGGAAGAAACAUCCUGCCACAGAGCCUCCGGUGGCCAUGCCGCCAAGUGCCGACCGGCGGGACGCGUGGCGCAGCAUGACCGUGCUACCUUAUCUGGAGAACCUGCAUGGCUACACCGACCAGGACGAUGAGGAUGACGACAAGCUAUUCUACGGAGAUGAAGAUGUCAUCUACUCUCAGGGUUAUACUGUGCCAGAAAUCGAGACUCAUCAGACCAGGCAACAUUCUUCCAGUCUUCAACUGUCCAAUUUUGUUCGGGUGCAUGAGGAUGGCCUAGAGCAUAAUGGACUUCAGGAGGACCACACAGGGCUGGGGUUGGGGCUCAAAACCCUCUGUGCGAACGGGACGGAGACAAACCAGGACCACUACCCACCCACCAGCAGGUCCAGGUCCCGAUCGGAACGCCUCUCCAGCUCCUCCUCCAACCCAUCACGCAAAGGAGUGUCCACCUACAGCCGUAUCCGCAAGCUGUCCAACUGCAAGCAGCAGUGAACUCAGUCCCCCAUAUACCCCCUGAACUCAGUCCCCCAUAUACCCCCUGAACUCAGUCCCCCAUAUACCCCCUGAACUCAGU